AGCCGAAUUGUUGAAAAAAUCCCGGGGAGGCCACGUAUUGUGUGUGAUGGUUUCUUCAUGUCUUGACAAGUGGCAGGUGGUUUAACAAAAAGAUAGACUAAACCCUGGGAGAGAAAUGGAGGGUUGGGAGAUGAGAUUUUGUCUUCUCGUUAAAGGAAAAAUAAAUGAAAAGAAAAGAGGAUUUGAAUCUUGAAAAGAAAUGAUUGAAGAUUGACAACCUGCAUACAUCAAAGCUUAGCUUGGAGUUGAAACCGGUAACUGCUGAUACAUAAGCUGGAGGUAAAGUGGGAAUCGUGAUAUUCAUUUAAUUGACCCGUUUGUUGGUCUGUGUAAAGAAUAGAGAUUGGGAGGGUUGGCCAUAUACGGCAUACCAUAAACAAAUCGAACAUGUCAAGGUUGCAAAGAAAGAGUUUGUAUUUCACACACAUGUAGCACAACGGAACAUCAGUCAUUUGUAUUCUGCUUUAUGUGAAUGAAUGAAAACUGGCAGAAUAACAAUGAAGACAUCAAUUUCUAUCACACUACAACAAGAAGACAUAUAUGGAGAUUUGUAUCAACCAGCACUUACUAUUGCAACAUGCUUUGCGGUUAUCGCUCUGGUGCUCUCCCUUUUCCUCAUUCUACAGCAUCUCAAAUCUUACUCUAAUCCUUCGGAACAAAAGUGGAUUGUUGCGGUUCUUUUUAUGGUUCCUGUUUAUGCCACCCAGUCGAUUAUAUCUUUAUGGAACUCGAGAUUUUCCCUUGCAUGUGAUAUCUUACGGAACUGCUAUGAAGCCUUCGCCUUGUAUUCUUUUGGAAGAUAUUUGAUUGCUAGUCUUGGUGGUGAGAGAAGAGUCAUUGAACUACUUGAAAGUGAAUCAAUAAAACAACUGGAUGAACCUCUAAUAGAAGGUGAAGAAAAGAGGUCAAGAUCUCAAAGAACACUGUGGAACUUUCUCCUUAAACCGCAUGCAGUUGGAAAAGAUCUGCUCACUAUAGAGAAGUUUGGUCUUGUUCAAUAUAUGAUUCUGAAGACAACAACUGCAUUUCUAGCAUUUAUAUUGGAGCUUUUUGGAGUUUAUGGUGAUGGGAAGUUCAAGUGGUCCUACGGGUAUCCAUACAUAGCAGUGGUACUCAACUUCAGUCAGAUGUGGGCACUAUAUUGUCUUGUCCAAUUUUACAAUGCAACUCACGAGCAACUGAAACCAAUAAAGCCACUUGCAAAAUUUAUUAGUUUCAAAGCCAUAGUGUUUGCAACAUGGUGGCAAGGUGUAGGUAUUGCUCUAUUACGUGAACUUGAAGUUCUGCCGAAUGAGGGGAAACUAGAAAUCGGACUCCAGGACUUCUUAAUUUGCGUAGAAAUGGCUAUUGCAGCUGUGGCUCAUAUAUUUGUUUUAUCUGCUGAACCGUAUCGUUACAUACCGGUUUCUGCAUGUGGAGUAGCAGCCAUAGAAACAGUCAAAGGAACGGCGGAGGUCAAAGAAGGCAAAGAUAAAAAGUCAGCUCUGGUAGAAAAGAUGGAAACCCAUGUGGAGGCUCCUGGGACAAGCGUCACUGAGAGUGUACAGAAUAUAGUUCUGGAAGGCGGUCAACGAGUUGUCAAGGAUGUUGUAUUGACCAUAAACCAAGCAAUAAGACCAGUAGGAAAAGGCAUGGCCAUGAUACAAGAGACCCUUCACCAACGAAGGGUAAGUUCAGAAGAAUUAGAGGCAGGUGUAGAGAUUGAAGAAUACAUGGAAGAAAAUGAAAAUCUCGUCGGAACUAAAGUUGCCUAAAACAUUUUGGCAGAAAACGAAAAUCUUGUUGGAACAAAAGUUGCCUAAAACAUUUUGGAAGAAAAUGAAAAUCUUGUUGGAACUAAAGUUGUCUAAAACUUUUUUUUUUCUUUUUUCCCUUUCAAUAGUUGAUUAUGGAUCAAUGUAGUUUUGGAUCGAUGUAGUUUUGAUUAUGGAUUGAUGUGGUUUUGAUGUUA